CCGUUGUAUUCCCUUUGUCAAAUCGACAUGAAGGUCAGGAAGCCUUUUCAACCCAUUUCAUAUCUCCAAGCCACAGGUUUCAAGUACAGUUGCAACCUUCCUGGAUGCGAACUCCUUACUAGCCAUCCUUCGUCACGGACAAAAUCCUUGAGUCUUUCGUCGUACUACCGACAGAAAGCUGGGCCUUCACGAGGAACUUACUGACAUUCCAACGUUCCUCGGGACUGCCAGUACAGUUUCUAGGUUGUCCCAUCAAAGCGACUCCACCACGAGGGUCCAAGAGGCCCUUCAGGCUAUACACAUACUACGUUUAUCGAUGUCGCGCCUCUACCUAUCUUCGUGUUCGGAUCUUUGCAGAGAUAACUAAUAUGCACGUUCUUACGUCUUGAAGGCAGACAAUAGUAUCGACGCCGCACCUGGAAUCAGUGUGGCUCCCAGGUUACACGCACACUCUGGCUACGAAACGAUACUCUCUUAGUGCUCCAAUGGAAGCUUUCUAAUGCUACUAUUUCAGGACUCCUUGGGCAACCACGGUCGUGAAAGCUCAGAGCCUGACGCUCGAACCACUAGGACGACAGUGUCCUGCCACUAGAGGCUCGGGACCUCUUAAGAUCCGACUAUUUGUGCUAACAAUUACUGCACUGCCAUUUCUGGUAAGAAUGCGCAGCAACAUAGGUAUGUACUGUCGAGAAGAAGGAUUUGAUAUCGCGUGAAUUGCUCUUAUUCUCGGUGGGUAGCGCCCAUCGCAAGGUGAGUAUCAAAGGAAUCGACAGCUAGAGAACGUCAGCGGGAUUGAGCAUUGCAAGCUCUGUGGGUACUAAUAAUGCAUGCCUCGACGACAGCAUCGAGACUGGCAGUCUACUCUGGACAACGCAAUGACCAUCGCUUGUAGGAUGCGCCGACCGCACUAUUCGACGCCCUCGAAGAUGAAGCGAACUGCAGUAUUGGGCUCAGCUCAACACCAAGAAUCAGAAACUGUUCUAUAUAUACCCGCUUCAACGCCAUGGCUCACCAGCUACAACCUUUUGCUGACGGCUGCAUUGUGAGUGGUUUUGGCCAUGCAUUCUCUGCUUCUACUCGGGCUUCUGGGCCUUGCCGAGGCUCUCAAAGCGACUCCGGUCAGAAGGUACUUCACAAGACGACAAGAUGAUCAGUCUGAAGAGCCAAUUAUUCCCACUUACAAUUUCUCCAUCCCUGUUGAUCAUUUCAACAAAGAUGAUAGCAGAACAUACAGCAACCGCUUCUGGAUGAACGACACGUACUACGAAAGCGGAGGGCCGGUCUUCUUUUUUGACUUCGGCGAGCAAGGAGUCGAUGCUUUAGAUAUCAGCGCUGUGCUAGCCGAAGCAUAUGGGCUUCAAGCAAUCAUGCAACUUGCGAAGACAUACCAUGGCAUGGCUAUCGCCUGGGAGCAUCGAUACUAUGGGCUUUCAAUGCCUAUACCUUUUGUGCUAGAGAACGGCACAACGGUAGAUCCCGUCACAUGUGCUAGCCUACCGAAUAAGUGCACCAACGAACCACUGGGUGGUGCCGAUGGCUACAAAUAUCACACGGUUGAGCAGGCAUUGGAAGACGUUGUCUACUUUGCGCAAAAUGUGGCCUUGCCCGGCUACUCUGCUGAGGAGAACGACCUUCUCUCAGCAAGGAAUACGCCGUGGAUUUUCAUGGGCGGCAGCUACCCUGGCUGCCGCGCUGCUUGGGUCCGCGCCCGAAACCCUGAGACUUUCUAUGCAAGCUGGGCUUCCAGUGGCCCAGUAGAAGCCAUGUACGACGGUUCACCAUACACCGAUGCCAUUUAUCGGGCACUGUCACCGACUUGUGCAGCCGACGUCACCGCUGUUAUUGGCUACGUGGACGAGGUUCUUGACGGCAAGCAUGGAAGCGAUGCUCUGCAGCAUCUUCAGGAGCUCACCUUCGUCCUCAGUGCUACAUUGUCCGAUUUGCAGGCUUCGUAUAAUAUUAGUGAAGCUAUCGAACUGAGCCCUUUCCAAGUUGGCGAAGUGUUGAACCAGCCUCUGGUUGCGCAUUUUCAAAACAAACCUCCGAAAUAUACAACCGAUCUGUUCUGCAAGUAUAUGCAAUCAUACAACCCCAACGGCAAGGCGACAAACACUACGAAUGUUGCAAUGGGCGUUCUGACCAGGGCGGGGAACCAGACCCUAUCGAGUCAAGGUGUUGUCGGCAAAUAUGGGGUUCUCGAAGGACUGAACGCUUACACCUACGCUUCCAGCACGUAUCUCCGAAAAUAUCCUGAAGUUGGUGGUGACAAUUCAACGUUGAUUCCGAACGCACUUGCAGAUAUCAAGUCGUGGGAAUGGCAAGCCCUGAACCAAUUCGGCUAUAUCCAGGGUUCAAACCCAGACAACGUCACUAUUGUGAGCAAAUAUUACAAUUACACUGCGGUCUAUGCGGAAGAGAAGACCGAAACCUUCACGUUCGGCCCCAAAUUUCUUGCUGAUCAGCCAGACGUCGGCUCUCUGAACAAGUACGGUGGCUGGAACAUGAAGGUCAGCAAUGUCAUGUGGACGAACGGUCAAUACGAUCCCUGGCGCCAAUUUGGAGUCAUGAGUCAGCAAGUUGAUUUCGGUGCUCCGACAAGGAACAUAACGCAGAAGGUUCCAGCCUGCAAUAAGGUCUCGGACAGUACUGAUGUCUUCGGCCUACUGUAUCCAGGGGCAGUGCACUGCCCUGAUCUCAACCAAAGUCCUUAUUAUCCAAUGAAUGGUAGCGCACCGGUACAGCUCGGACUGGCAUUGUUCGAACAGGCUUUGGAUGCGUGGCUUCCCUGCUUCAACAGUUCGAAACAGCAUUGGAGAGAUUGGCAAUGAACGAAUCGACACCACUUUGGCUUGCUUAGCUAGCGGUAGAAGACGUUGAAGAAGGAUCGAGGAACACCAGGUGAUAGCAGGAUGUAAUUGUUGAUGAAGUCGUCUAAUCGAAAACAAAGGUGGCCUGUUGAAAUCAUGGAGGGGGCCAAUGUUGAGCUCGAUGACAAGCAUAGAACGCAGUACUAGGCUUGGCCUGCGAUAUCAAUACGGUAUAUCUUACAUAAUAUAUGCCAUGCUGAC